AUGUAUUCAUUUGAAAGAGCAUUUGCUAUGCUUCUUACAACUUUAACCAACCUUUUCUUUUUCUUAGUAACCACAUUAAGCAAGAAAAAAUUAUGUGAUGAUAAAAUGAUUUCUCUUAAAUGCAAAAAAUGGGCAGUAAAUAGUGCAAUUACACAAAAUGAACGAUUAGAUGUUUAUUUUGUGGAUCCAUCUGAAGGAAAUAGAACUAUUAUUGAGAAAAUUAAUGAAGGAACAUAUCUAUUAUUGUAUGGUCCAAGAGCUUCUGGAAAAUCAACACGCAUUUUACACCUCCAAGAGCAGCUAGAAGAAAAUGGUUAUGCUUGUAUUUAUGUGACAUUUGAAGAGAUUGAUACCAACACAACUGUGGAACAUUUCUGGAGUCAGCUUGGCUGA